UUCCUCCUCGGCUUACUCAUUUAAGAGGCAGCUGUCUGCUGAAGAUAUGACUGUGAUUCAGUGUUCCGCGGCAGUACAAUCACCCCCUCUCCCCCACCAUCCGAAAUCACCCUCCAAUGCGGUCUCGGCUACAACCUUGGUUUCUUCCUCUUCAUUUUCAUCUUCGCCAACAACAAGUAGAAGAGCAGCUCUAUCUCUCUCUCUAUUCUCCACUGCUUUCCCAACACUUGUUUUCUCGUCUUCUGCUUCUUCUUCAAAGUCCGCCGUAUCGGAGUUCUCCGAGCUGCCCAAUUCAGGCGGCGUUAAGGUAUUGGACCUCCGCUUUGGUUCCGGAGAUGUACCGCUGGAUGGCGACCAGGUUGCAGUCCAUUACUAUGGAAGAUUGGCAGCAAAACAAGGUUGGCGCUUUGAUUCAACAUAUGAUCACAAAGAUGAAAAUGGUGAACCGAUUCCAUUUGUGUUUUUCCUUGGCUCUGGGAAAGCUAUAAAACAUGAUAUGACUUCAAAAGGGAUAGAAGCAGCUGUGAGAUCAAUGAAAGUAGGUGGUAUUCGUAGAGUCGUCAUCCCUCCAUCCCAAGGGUAUCAGAGCACCUCACAGGAGCCGAUACCACCUAAUUAUUUUGACAGGCAGAGGCUGUUUACUACCAUUUUCAAUCCAACUCGUCUUGCCAAUGGAGAAGGCUCAACAUUGGGGACUCUCAUAUUUGAUAUUGAGUUGGUCAAUUUAAGGCAUCAGUGAAGUAGAAUACUGUAAACAGCUUUGUUUUUUACAGCGCUAGCUUAUUAUAAAUGUUGUUCUACAUGAUUGGAAAUCAGACUUGUGACAGCCUCUAGGCGCUAGGUAUAAUAUUUUGUCAAAAAGGUUAGGGACACAACCCAUGUACAAGGGUCCGUGUCCCUAGCAAGACUCAUAUUUUGUCGAAACUGCAAUGUACAGACUGAUUGGCAACGUCCAAAUACCAAAAUGGAUUGUUUAUAGUU